UAAUCUUCUGUAGAUCAAUUCCACUAAUUUAAAGCCAGAUCGAAAAUCCUCCGUCUACAGAAUACAAACGACCUCGACCACGUCGCGUCAGUUACCACCAUUUCCUAGAAGUCUUACACGCGAAGUGAUUCUUCCGCCAUUUCCAACUUCUUCAGGUACUUUUGGGAUCAGGGACCAGAAUCUCUGUCGGUCUUAACAAGUUCGAAGCGACGAUUCUGAAAUGAGUCAGAGAGGCUUAAUAUAUAGCUUUGUUGCGAAAGGAACCGUUGUUUUAGCAGAGCACACAUCGUACUCGGGGAAUUUUAGCACUAUUGCGGUUCAGUGCUUACAGAAGCUGCCUUCGAAUAGCAGCAAGUACACAUACUCAUGCGAUGGGCACACAUUUAACUUCCUUAUCGAGAAUGGGUUUGUUUUUCUUGUUGUUGCGGAUGAGUCGGUUGGGAGGAGUGUGCCUUUUGUGUUUCUUGAACGGGUGAAAGAUGAUUUUAAGCAGCGCUAUGGUGCAAGUAUAAAAGAUGAGGGUCCACAUCCACUUGCUGAUGAUGAGGAUGAGGAUGAUGAUCUAUUUGAAGACAGAUUUAGCAUUGCAUACAAUCUUGACAGGGAAUUUGGGCCAAGACUUAAGGAGCACAUGGAAUACUGUAUGAACCACCCAGAAGAAAUGACUAAGCUUGGCAAAUUGAAGGCUCAAAUAUCUGAGGUGAAGGGGAUUAUGAUGGACAAUAUCGAGAAGGUUUUGGACCGUGGGGAGAGGAUUGAGUUGUUGGUGGAUAAAACAGAAAAUUUACAGUUCCAGGCUGACAGCUUCCAGAGGCAAGGCAGGCAACUUAGAAGAAAGAUGUGGCUGCAGAAUCUUCGAAUGAAGCUGAUGGUAGGAGGAGCAAUCCUUGUGGUGAUUGUCAUAGUGUGGCUAAUGGCCUGUAGAGGUUUCAAAUGUUGAUGGAUAAAAAGCAAAAUGGAAUCAUCUGAGUAGCAUCUUGGCUGUUCUUUUCCUGUUAUAGUGUGUACAAAUUGUUAUCAUUCCUGUAUAUGGAGACCGGUGUUGGAAACUAAAACCUUACUGCCUGUUCUACCCUGUAAUUAACCUCUGUAAUGCCUGAUGGUUUCCUAAUAUAGAGAUGAUAUCUAUCGAGUACAUACCCAUUAAAUUUACUCCUUUGGAUACCA